UGUGCUUGGAGCUCAAUCCACACCGCUGGGCUGUGCUGUCACAGAGUUGUCUUUCCUUGUUUAUUUUGAAGCUGCCCAUGACUUCUCAGCCGGGCUUUGUUUUCUGGACUUUGAAAGUCUUCUGCCGAAUCCCCAGAAAGACAGCGUCUCUCCUUGCCAAACCUGAAAACUGACUGACUGCAGAGCAGAUACCAGAAACUGGGCAGGGCUUUCAAGCGGACAUUUUGGAAGGCAGAGAGCAGGAGAGCGCUGUGGCGUCGCCGUUCCACUCUGUGGCUCUCUGCUUGCUGGAGAUAACAUGGAGCAGUCCAGUCUUUGGCCUCUUAUCUUCUUGGGCCUCUCGGGAGCUCUGGCACAAACAGGCUUGGAUGAGAAGGUAUUUGUGUUCCCAGAGCCUUCAGCCAACGCCUACGUCCUGUUGAAGCCCCACAUGCCAGAGCGGCUGCACCAAUUCACUGCGUGCCUCAGGUUCUACACGGAUUUGACCCGCCAAUUCUCCCUCUUAUCCUGUGCUUCUAAGAACAACGACAAUGAAAUUCUUCUCCUCAGGUACAGCCCCACGGAGUACCACAUCUAUGUAGGUGGGAAUUCUCUCUCAUAUGCGGUGUCUGGGAAUGCAGAUCGAGGCAGCCACUGGGAGAAUAUCUGUGUGGUGUGGAAUUCAACAACAGGGAUCAUUCAGCUUUGGGUCGACGGGCUGGCGUUGCCCAGGAAAGGACUAUCCAAAGGCUAUGUUCUCAAAACGGAUUUGGUGAUGAUGCUGGGCCAGGACCAAGAUUCUUACGGAGGUUCAUUUGAUCGACAGCAGUCAUUUGUGGGGGAAAUGGCAGAGGUGUAUAUCUGGGACACUGUCUUGCCUCCAGAGCACCUGAGGAGGAUACGGAGGGAGAAGAUGCCAGCCCCUCUGGUGGUGGACUGGACAGCUCUGGACUUUGAGAUCCGAGGCUAUGUGGUCUUGGAGACUGCCUUAGAUUGA